AUGCUCCCCCUCGCCAUCUUCACGGCGAUACCCGCCGCCUGCCUCGUCGCCACGGCAGCCUACACCCUCCGCCCCGUACUCCCCACUGCAGCCCGCAAACUUCGCCUGUCCGCGCUCCUCCCGUCGCCGCGCCGCAACCUCCCCCGGGCCUUCUUCAACCUCCCAGCGCGCACCACCCCGCAGCUCACGUUACGCGCGCGCGUCCUCCUCGUCCUGGCGGCCAACGGCGCCGUAGCCGUGCUCGGCGCCGCGGCGUUCCUCGCAUCCGCCCACGACGCAGACAACAGCAGCAGCAGCAGAGGCGUGGCGGCGGCGCUGGCGCUCGCCGUCUCACCCGUCCCGUGGUCCGUGGGCGUGAUCGCCGUGCUGGCCAUCGCCCGCCGGCGGCCCAGCGUCAGUCCCAUCAGCGGCAAGGUCCUCGACUCGGGGCACGCAUCUAUGCUGGCCCUGGCCCUCCGUGCCGAGACGGUGCUGACGCGCGCGCUGCCGCUCACCCUCGCGCCGACGCUCGUGCUCGUGGCGCUGUGUGCCGCGCUGCCGCGCCACGCCGGCAUCGUCCUCCUCACGGGCACGGGCGCGGCGUCCGCGCUCGGCCUGGGCGGCACGAGCUAUGCGGCGUGGACGGCGGCGCGGGCCCGCCUCCGUCUCGUGAGCAGGCCCGGCACGCCGCUGUCGGACACCGGCAACAACAAGAACAGGACGAUGGAGGCGCACGGGUUCACGAUGGUCCCGCACGACUUGAGCGCGUCGGCCAACAUUGACUUUUCGGCCAGCCCUCGUACACCGGCCGUACCCACCAAGAAUACCCGUACACACUCUCACUCCCACUCGCACUCGCGCACGCUGUCGCGCACCGUCUCGGCGUCUCGCGCACACACGCGCGUCGUGUCCAAGGACUCGAUCCCGUUCAGCGUGUGGCACGGCCCAGACUAUGUCACCGAGGACGACCACACGCACAUGUAUGCCGACUGGUCAUACAACGAGCACGAGCACGACAACGACGAUGCCGCGCUCACUGCCGAGGCGGUCACGGCCGAGGCCUUCAGCGUCACUCCCGACGGCCUCACCGCCGAGGCAGUCACGGCCGAGACGAGCUGGGGCGCGCGGGACGACGACGCGCUGGACGACAUUGACCUGGACACGAAUUCAGACACGCGCAGCCGCGUCGGUUCGUUGCCACAUAUCUCCUACAAGACUCCCGGCGGCAAGCGCUGCUCGCGCGGCUCACGCACGUCGCGCACCUCGAAGCGCUCCUCGGACGGCACGCUGCAGUACGGCGAGCCCACGCCCGGCGGCCACGAUCACAGCUACAGCGUGAUUGCAAAGUAUUCGCCUGACCCGCAGCUGCCGCUCCCGCCACACGGGUUUGCUUCUCUGGCGAAUUUCCCCAGCUCACCAGCUGCGAGCGAGCUCGUCACGGGCGACGGUUCGGUGGACACGUCCAGCUCGAUGGAGGGCACGCACGAGGCCGUCGCUGGCGGCGGCCUGCCUCCGCCCCCGUCCCCGCCGUCGGGUGCGUUUCCCGAGUUCCCCCAGUUUAUCCCUCUCCCGCGCGAGGCCAAGACGUCGGACGGCACAGCAUACACCCUUAGGAGCUACCACGAGGCCAAGCACGAGGCGUACAACAACAACAACAACAACAACAACAACAACAACAACAACACGCUCAACAGUCUGCUGUCGUACCGCACACGCUACUCGGAGGCCGCCGGCGACCGCCACAACCACACGGUCAACUCGGUCAACACGCUCAUGACGUACCACACGCAGUCGGACUCUGUCGACCAGGCCCACUUUGCCACCCAGUCGUCGACGGCCACGCACGGGUCGUUCUGGCACGACCACGAGCCGAACCACUACACCGCCACGGAGCUGGGCCACGGGGCACACCCUCACCCGCUCCCACCACCUCCCCGGCCUGCUGGCCCCCGCCCCGUCUUCCACCGUGCACACACAAGCUGCCCUCCAGGUCCUGUGAACGCAAACGCGACGCGUAUCGGAACAACGCCGACGACAUUCAGCGCCGAGCCGCUCGGCGCCGGCGUUCAGCCCCUGCCGUCGCCGUCCACAUUCGCCGCCACCCCCACAUUCCCCGUGGCGUGGGACGAGGAGCAGCCACUCGAGAGCGAUUGGGUGGGCAUGGGCGAGGACAAGAGCGCCGACAUGAUCACCAGCGCCAUGGGCAGCGAGGCGCCGUGGGGCCGCGGCGACGCGUGGGCUGGCGUGCUGGCGAUUGUGUGCCUCUUGCUCUGCUAUGGACUCGACGUGCCGCUCCUCGUCCUCGGCAGCAGCGACGCCACAUUGGCGGCGUUCACAGCUGGUGUCUGCCUCCCUGCGCCUCUUCUCGCCGUCGCGGCGUGUCUCAUGGAUACCCGCAGCCAGAGCACUCCCGGCGACAAGCAGCACGCCCACCACGCGGCGCUUUCGUUCCCCUCGCAAGCGUCGCUGCCACAGUCGCUUCCCAGGCCGUCGCAGCGCACAGGCGGGAGCAACGACGCCGUCCUGCCCCUGUGGCACGCGCGGCAUGUGGGCGCGACAUGGGACGCCGCCAACAUGUCCAGUCCCAGCCCCAACACGAGCACGACGCACUGGGCCCCCGACAUGACCUCGGGCUCGGCGUACGCCGGCCUCGCAAACGGCCUCAUCACGGGGCUUCCGGGACGCACGGCCAUGUCCCUCCGCCGGCACACUGUGCACGUCACGGCCGCCAACGCCGUCCUGCGCGACAUGAACAGCGUGACCACGGCCGAGCUGUGGCUCCGCUCCGGCCAGGCGCGUGAGGGCGGGAGGUUUGCGCGCGCAGCCGAAAUGCUCAAGCCCGUCCCGGCGCUGUGUGUGCUCGGCGGAUCGACGGCGCCAGCACGCACCCACAAGUCGGCGGACAGGAGCGCAGGCAUCCUCGCGCGCCUGAGGGGCGGGGUCGUGUCCAUGCUCCCUCCUAGGCGCGGCGCGGCUCCAGCGCCACCUGUCUCUGUCCCCGUGCUCGACACCGAGAUCCCCGUCAUUGUCACCACGGGCGUGAGCCCCAAGUCGUCGCCUCACAAGUCGGAAAAGUCCCACCGCCGCGGCGGGAGUGGCGGUACCGAGUCGGACGCCGAGAUCCACGUCGCGACGCACGCGCGCCGGUCCCCGUCCCCGAGCUUCAUCUUCACCAAUGGCAACGGCAGCGGCAGCGGCCUACCCGAUCCCAACGCAAAGGAACAGCUGCGACUCGACUGGAUCAGCGGCGGCAUGCUGCGUCACGGCCUCGUGCCCGGCUUGAUCGUCGGCAGCGAUGUGGCAGUCGACCAGAUGCCCCUGUCCCAGUCGUCGCCAGUGGUGGCGCGGCCGUCCAACGACUCGAUGCCCGAUUUCCGUCCCAGCCUCGACGCGCUCGCGAGUGGCAGCACGCCGCCCAGUCGCCAGCGCGUGGUGGUGUCCUCUACGCCGCGCAGGGGCGCGCACAAGGUCGUCAAGUCGACGAGCACCACGCAAGGCACCCCGCAGAGCAUCACGGACUUUACGCAGCCGCGUGCGGUCGACUGCUCGACCCCGCGUGGCCAGGUCUCCGGGACCAGUGGCGGCGGCGGCGGAAAGCUCGACAUGGACUCGUCCAUCUACCGCAACGAGGGACUGGCGGCCGAGCAGAGCAUCAUCCGCAACGCGGCGCUCGCGCGCACGUACCUCGACGGCGGCAGCUACGACGACGCCGAGGCGUCCCGCCAGUGGUCAUCGUUGCGCAACAACUCGAGUUUCCUUCGUGACGUCCGUGCCGGCCAGUCGUUUGUGGCUACUGGCGGCCCACCCUCCAGUGCGUCGGGCCACUCGCCGUGCAGCUCGACAACCCACCUCGCCAUCCCUGCCAUUGCCCAGAGUCCACACACGCCGCCUACACGCCGUACCGUCACCCGCGCCGCCGCCCCGGCCGACUCGCCGGGCUUCCUCCUCCCGUCCCCUGGCGACGUGCGCAACGUCUCGUUCUGCUCAGACGUCAACGAGUCGGGUAUCGAGGAGAUGGAGGGUGUGCUGGCGCUCGACACGCCCGCGAGGGACGAGUACGUCCGGCGCCCCAGCGUCGGCUCGCUCCCGAAGAGCGUGCACAGCGGGCACAGCGCUCGCUCCCACCACACCCAUCACAGCCACCACAGCUCGGCGCCGUCCACGCCGCCCAGCGCGCGCCUCCCACCCAUCCCCAGCGACGUCCCGGCCCCUGCCUUCCCGCCUACAGCGCUCGUCCACGGCAACACCACCGCGCACACACACCCAGCUGUGGCUGCAUACAACACCAUGCCCCCGCACCCGGCCCUCGACAAGCUGUUCCGCGCCAGCGGCAUGAUGCACGCCGACUCGCCCGAUUCCGUCGCGUCGUCGUCGGCGUACACGAACGACAGCGAGCGCCGGUUCUCGCGCAAGCCCCUCGCGGCGCAGUUUGAGUUUGUCGAAAACUAUCUCUACACCCUCGGCAACGGCCGGAACAAGGACAAGGCCAAGGAAAAGGGCGGCGCCGCUCGCCCACGUCCACUCCCAGCCCCUCGUACCCACGCAGCCGACUCUGCCACACCCACCACACGCACUGGCCUGCGCCCGCUCGUCCUCGUCGAGCGCCAAGCGGGCGACAAGCGCAAGACGCAGGACCGCACCUCGGCCGAGCUCGACGUCGAGGUCGUGGCGGCGCGUGUGCGUCGUCCCCGCCUCUCCGAGCACAAUGACAGUACGAGGAGCGUCAACGUUGUCGUCAGUGGCCGGCCCUCGCUCGACGCCGCUUCCAACUCGCGCGCGAGCGUCAACAACCGCCAGGCUCCUGCUCCAGCUCCAGCUCCUCGCGGCGGCGCGCGUCCCAGCCUCCCCCGGUCCUCCCUCAGCACGUCUGCGGGCUCGGUCGGCCGCUCAAAGGGCUCGAUCGAGACGGUGGCCAAGCACGACUUUGAGUACCUGUACACCAGUUCCACCCCCAGACAGCUCCUGCAGCAUGCAUAG